GGAAUAAAGCCAACCUAGGCUACGAGUUCGCUAUAAAUAGGGGAUAUUUUGCUCGAGUCCGACGAUCUUAAAACUGUACUCGGAGCACAAGCCCGACUCUUCCAAGAAAUAGCAUUACAUAUAGCUCUGCUUCCCUGCGCCUCUUCUUCCCUCCCAGCUUCACCACCUUGGUUCGCCGAUUCCACAAAGAAGAAGAAGAAAAGCUCGCAGCGUUUAGGCUCAGAUUGAGAGCGACAUGGCACGCACCAUUGGCAUGGGCAUGGACUACUCGCCAUCGAGCAAGGCCGCGGCAAGGUGGGCGGUCGACAACCUGGUGAAGGCCGGCGACCGGAUCGUCCUGAUCCAUGUCCUCCCCAAAGGGGCAGACGCCAGCCACAAGGAGCUCUGGAAGAGCACCGGCCCACCUUUGAUUCCUCUACUGGAGUUCAUGGACAUGAACGUGCAGACGAGGUAUGGGGUCAACCCUGAUAAGGAGGUAAUGGAGAUCCUGCAAGCUGCGUCCAAGUCCAAGCAGGUGGAAGUACUAGCAAAGAUUUACUGGGGUGAUGCAAGGGAGAAACUCUGUGAGGCAGUAGAUGAUCUCAAGGUUGACUCCUUUGUGCUUGGUUGCAGGGGCUUAGGGACAUUGAAAAGGACCCUCCUUGGAAGUGUCAGCAACUAUAUCGUCAACAACGCAGCAUGCCCGGUUACAGUGGUGCGUGGACCAACUAGGUCAAGUGUCUGAUCUUGUUUGCUUAAAGGUGGAACUUCUGUAAUGCAGGGCUCAUUUGGGUGUUGGGUCAUCCAUUAGCAGGGUUGUGGUAUAUCUGAGCUGAUGUUAUUUGAAAGGGAUGGUGAUGUUUGGCUCUGGCAAUUAGCUUUUCAGCAUUAUUACUUGAAAUCUGUUGUUCAGUUGUGAUCAGUGAAUUUCCCUCUGUUACAUACGUACAUUUAUGCUGUUUUUUAUGAAAUAUAUGUAAACAAAUGUCUACAAACAUAUUUAAUGUGUCGGUGGUGAA